GUAACGAUUUACUUUUCGAACCAAAAACGAUGACAACGAAAGAUAUAUCAAAAUUAUUCCUACUGCUUGUGCUGUCGGCACUGGCCAGUACCCAAGAAAUUGUGGAAAAUGUUCCGUCUGACAAUGCCGCUCAAGGAGGUCUUAAUGGUAUCAACUGCAAUGGCAAGAGCGCAGUCUGCGUAGGUCCUCUGAUGUACAAGGAUUGUGUGGCCGCAGUCGAUGGUCAAACGUACGCUUCUGGCGGUGCCAAGAAAUGUCCGGCCAAUUCACGUUGCAUAAAUGAUGGCGUUGAAGUUUGUGUACCCAUUCGAACAUCAACAGAAGUUCCAUUGGUUGGCAGUGAAAAUAGUUCCACAACAACAACAACAACUACACCCAUUCCCACCAGUGGCCCAAGCAGGUAUCCGGCUUUGCCUGUAGAAUCUUCAGCCGCACCAGAGGCAUCCACUACUGAAGGUCUACCCGUUGUAUCUUCUACUGUAACGGCUCCCGUUGUUACACCUGAGGCUCCCAUCGAAACGACCACAGCUGGUGUUGUUGUCCCCGAAGUACCUGUUGAAACUACUCUGGCUCCUGUUGAUCCAUCGCUGCCCAUUGAAACAACAGUUGCUCCUGAAGUUCCCAUUGAGACUACAGCUGCACCGCUAGAUCCUUCAUUGCCAGCUGAAACUACUGUCGCUCCGGUUGUACCCAGUUCAACAAAUGCUCCUAUUGAUCCAAAUUUGCCCACACUAACAACCACCGAAGUACCAAUUGAUCAGCCCACACUUGCUCCUACUGAUCCGACCGUUCCUGUCGAUCCUAUCGUUCCAGUGGAUCCGGAAACAACAACACAGGGUAGUGUACAGGAAACUACCUUACCUUCAGUUAAUCCAACAUCAGUGCCCGUUGAUCCCAAUCCUGUUGAUCCGAAUGCACCAAUUGAUCCCAACGCACCAGUCGACCCCAAUUUACCUGUCGAUCCCAAUGCCCCAAUCGAUCCUAAUGCACCAGUCGAUCCCAAUGCUCCGGCCGAUCCUAAUGCACCCGUUGAUCCUAACGCACCUGUAGAUCCAAAUGCUCCGGUUGAUCCUAACGCACCAGUCGACCCCAAUGCUCCGGUCGAUCCUAAUGCACCCGUUGAUCCUAACGCACCUGUAAAUCCAAAUGUUCCGGUUGAUCCAAACGCACCAGUCGACCCCAAUGCACCAGUAGAUCCAAAUGUCCCAGUUGAUCCAACAGCACCAGUAUUUCCAACAGAACCAACAGGAACCGUCGAUCCCACUGCACCAGUUGAUCCCAAUGCUCCAGUAGAUCCAACAGCACCAGUAUUUCCGACUGAACCUACCGGAACUGCUGAUCCAAAUGCGCCUGUUGAUCCUAAUGCGCCAUUAGAUCCUAAUGCUCCAGUCGAUCCAAAUGCACCCGUUGACCCUAACGCACCUGUCGAUCCCAAUGCACCAGUCGACCCUAAUGCUCCAGUCGAUCCAAAUGCACCCGUUGACCCUAACGCACCUGUCGAUCCCAAUGCACCAGUCGAUCCUAACGCACCAGUCGAUCCCAACGCACCAGUCGACCCCAAUGCCCCGGUCGACCCCAAUGCCCCGGUCGACCCCAAUGCCCCGGUCGACCCCAAUGCUCCUGUCGAUCCUAAUGCGCCAGUAGAUCCCAACGCACCAGUCGAUCCUAAUGCCCCUGUUGAUCCUAACGCUCCUGUCGAUCCCAAUGCUCCAGUCGACCCCAAUGCUCCUGUCGACCCUAAUGCGCCAGUGGAUCCCAAUGCCCCUGUCGAUCCUAACGCACCAGUCGACCCAAGUGCCCCCGUUGACCCAAAUGUACCAGUGGAUCCCAAUACACCUGUAGAUCCCAAUGUUCCAGUUGAUCCUACUGCGCCAGUAUUACCUACAGAACCAACAGGAACCGUCAAUCCCACUGCACCAAUUGAUCCCAAUGCUCCAGUAGAUCCAACAGCACCAGUAUUUCCGACUGAACCUACCGCAACUGGUGAUCCAAAUGCACCUGUUGAUCCCAAUGCACCAGUCGACCCUAAUGCUCCAGUCGAUCCAAAUGCCCCCGUUGACCCUAACGCACCUGUCGAUCCCAAUGCACCAGUCGACCCUAAUGCUCCAGUCGAUCCAAAUGCCCCCGUUGACCCUAACGCACCUGUCGAUCCCAAUGCACCAGUCGACCCUAAUGCUCCAGUCGACCCCAAUACACCAGUCGAUCCUAACGCACCAGUGGACCCUAACGCCCCUGUCGAUCCCAAUACACCCGUCGAUCCUAACGCACCAGUCGAUCCCAAUGCUCCUGUCGAUCCAAACGCACCUGUGGACCCUAACGCUCCUGUCGAUCCCAACGCACCAGUCGAUCCUAACGCACCAGUUGACCCUAAUGCUCCAGUAGAUCCCAACGCACCAGUUGAUCCUAGUGCACCAGUAGAUCCCAAUGCACCUGUCGACCCAAAUGCACCAGUCGAUCCUACAGCACCAGUAUUUCCGACAGAACCAACCGGAACUAUUGAUCCAAAUGCACCAGUCGAUCCCAAUGCACCUGUCGACCCAAAUGCACCAGUCGAUCCCAACGCACCCGUCGACCCUAAUGCGCCAGUUGAUCCUAACGCACCAGUCGAUCCCAACGCACCAGUAGAUCCCAAUACCCCUGUCGACCCCAAUGCACCAGUAGAUCCCAACGCACCCGUCGACCCUAACGCUCCUGUCGAUCCUAAUGCACCAGUAGAUCCCAACGCACCAGUCGACCCUACUGCGCCGGUUGAUCCUAACGCACCAGUUGAUCCCAAUUCCCCAGUGGACCCCAAUGUUCCAGUCGAUCCUACAGCACCAGUAUAUCCGACAGAACCAACCGGAACAGUUGAUCCAAAUGCACCAGUCGACCCCAAUGCACCUGUCGAUCCCAACGCACCAAUAGAUCCCAAUACCCCCGUCGACCCUAAUGCACCAGUCGAUCCCAACGCACCCGUCGAUCCUAAUGCUCCUGUCGACCCUAAUGCUCCAGUCGACCCCAAUACACCAGUCGAUCCUAACGCACCAGUCGAUCCCAAUGCUCCUGUCGAUCCAAACGCACCUGUGGACCCUAACGCUCCUGUCGAUCCUAACGCACCAGUUGACCCUAAUGCUCCUGUCGAUCCCAACGCACCAGUCGAUCCUAACGCACCAGUUGACCCUAAUGCUCCUGUCGAUCCCAAUGCCCCUGUCGAUCCUAACGCACCAGUCGACCCCAACUCACCUGUCGACCCCAAUGCCCCAGUCGACCCUAACGCUCCUGUCGAUCCUAAUGUACCAGUAGAUCCCAACGCACCCGUCGACCCUAAUGCGCCAGUUGAUCCUAACGCACCAGUUGAUCCCAAUGCCCCGGUCGACCCCAAUGCUCCUGUCGAUCCUAAUGCGCCAGUAGAUCCCAACGCACCUGUCGAUCCCAACGCACCCGUCGAUCCUAAUGCUCCUGUCGACCCUAAUGCUCCAGUCGACCCCAAUACACCAGUCGAUCCUAACGCACCAGUCGAUCCCAAUGCUCCUGUCGAUCCAAACGCACCUGUGGACCCUAACGCUCCUGUCGAUCCUAACGCACCAGUUGACCCUAAUGCUCCUGUCGAUCCCAACGCACCAGUCGAUCCUAACGCACCAGUUGACCCUAAUGCUCCUGUCGAUCCCAAUGCCCCUGUCGAUCCUAACGCACCAGUCGACCCCAACUCACCUGUCGACCCCAAUGCCCCAGUCGACCCUAACGCUCCUGUCGAUCCUAAUGUACCAGUAGAUCCCAACGCACCCGUCGACCCUAAUGCGCCAGUUGAUCCUAACGCACCAGUUGAUCCCAAUGCCCCGGUCGACCCCAAUGCUCCUGUCGAUCCUAAUGCGCCAGUAGAUCCCAACGCACCAGUCGAUCCCAACGCACCAGUCGAUCCUAAUGCCCCUGUCGAUCCUAACGCACCUGUCGACCCCAAUGCUCCUGUCGACCCUAAUGCGCCAGUUGAUCCUAACGCACCAGUUGAUCCCAAUGCCCCAGUCGACCCCAAUGCUCCUGUCGAUCCUAAUGCACCGAACGCACCAGUCGAUCCUAAUGCCCCUGUUGAUCCUAACGCUCCUGUCGAUCCCAAUGCCCCUGUCGAUCCUAACGCACCUGUCGACCCCAACGCACCUGUCGACCCCAACGCCCCGGUCGACCCUAACGUUCCUGUCGAUCCUAAUGCACCAGUAGAUCCCAACGCACCCGUCGACCCUAAUGCGCCAGUAGAUCCUAACGCACCAGUUGAUCCCAAUGCCCCGGUCGACCCCAAUGCUCCUGUCGAUCCUAAUGCACCAGUAGAUCCCAACGCACCAGUCGAUCCGAACGCACCAGUCGAUCCUAAUGCCCCUGUCGAUCCUAACGCACCUGUCGACCCCAAUGCCCCAGUCGACCCUAACGCUCCUGUCGAUCCUAAUGUACCAGUUGAUCCCAACGCACCCGUCGACCCUAACGCACCUGUCGACCCCAAUGCCCCAGUCGACCCCAAUGCUCCUGUCGACCCAAAUGCGCCAGUAGAUCCUAACGCACCUGUCGACCCUAACGCUCCUGUCGAUCCUAAUGCACCAGUGGAUCCUAACGCACCCGUCGAUCCGAACGCACCAGUCGAUCCUAACGCACCAGUCGACCCCAACGCACCUGUCGACCCCAAUGCUCCUGUCGACCCUAAUGCGCCAGUAGAUCCCAAUGCCCCUGUCGAUCCUAACGCACCAGUCGAUCCCAACGCACCAGUCGACCCCAAUGCCCCGGUCGACCCCAAUGCACCAGUCGACCCAAAUGCGCCAGUAGAUCCCAACGCACCAGUCGAUCCCAAUGCCCCUGUCGAUCCUAAUGCACCAGUCGACCCAAAUGCGCCAGUAGAUCCCAACGCACCAGUCGAUCCCAAUGCCCCUGUCGAUCCUAACGCACCAGUCGAUCCCAACGCACCAGUCGACCCUAAUGCCCCAGUCGACCCUAAUGCCCCGGUCGACCCCAAUGCUCCUGUCGACCCUAAUGCGCCAGUCGACCCUAACGCUCCUGUCGAUCCUAAUACGCCAGUAGAUUCCAAUGCCCCUGUCGAUCCUAACGCACCAGUCUAUCCCAACGCACCAGUCGACCCCAAUGCCCCGGUCGACCCCAAUGCUCCUGUCGAUCCUAAUGCGCCAGUAGAUCCCAACGCACCAGUCGAUCCUAAUGCCCCUGUUGAUCCUAACGCUCCUGUCGAUCCCAAUGCUCCAGUCGACCCCAAUGCUCCUGUCGACCCUAAUGCGCCAGUAGAUCCCAAUGCCCCUGUCGAUCCUAACGCACCAGUCGAUCCCAAUGUCCCCGUUGAUCCUAGCCUACCUGGUGGAGUCGAACACGGACGUCCUGGACGCCCUGAAAAACCUGGUCGUCCCGGUCGACCUGGCCGUCCGAACAGACCAAAUUGGCCUAACCAUGAUUCAUCCGCUGAAAAUAACUCCAACGAAUCGAAACCACACAAGCCCGCAUCCAAGGAGGAUACAUCUGUAGAGGACAAGUCCAAAGAAAAGAACAAGGAUAAGGACAAUUCGGCUGAAAAGAAACACGACAAGAGCGAAGAGAAAAAACACGACAAGAGCGAAGAGAAGAAAAACGACAAGAGCGAAGAGAAGAAAAACGACAAGAGCGAAGAGAAGAAACACGACAAGAGUGAAGAAAAGAAGCACGACAAGAGUGAAGAGCAGAAGAGUUCCAAGGAGUCCGAACAUGAUAAAAAGAAGCAGGAGGAAGAAGCCAAGAAGGAGUUGAUCAAAAAGAUUCUAAAGAAGAUCAAGAGCAAGAGAUGCGACGAAGACGACGUGUUCCCCGACGUGAAAGACUGCAAGAAAUACUAUCGUUGUGUCGAGAAAUCCAGUCACAACAAGUUCGUUCAUCUGCGCUGUGAAGAUGAUCAACGUUUCGACAUUGUCAGCAAGAAGUGUGUAAAGAAGAGCAAGGCCACGUGUUUGCCAAAGGAUGAAUGAGUUCAGUUCUUAGCACAUUACAGUUAAGGAUAUGCAUGCGGUUUCCUUAAAUAUGUAAAUAGAUCAUUCAAAAAAAAAUAUUUAUUGUAAUUAAAUUAAACAGUUUUAAACUAUUCGAGAGAUACCAGCAACAAUUUACGAACAAAUAUCAAUUUAUUUGAAAAUAAAAGCAAUUUAAGAAAAUAAAA